AUCACAGUACUCAACGUAACAAAAAAAAAAUCUCCCCAUAUAGACAAACAGAAAAUCCACCGCAAGCAACAUAAAGCAAAAAAUAAAUAAAUAAAUAAAUAAAAAGAGAUCCAUACAAUCCACAUCAAAACCAAAUCACAAACCAACAUUUUUAUUACGGAAAAAAUUCCUUCCUCACUCCCUCCGCUUCUCCCGCCAUUUUCCGCCAUUAUGUACAGCAUGGACGGCUUCGACAUGGAGGCUCUCAACAGACAAUUUUUCGAGUCUGCGGCCUUUAGCGAAUUCCAGGCGGGAGUCGUUUUCGAGCCCGGAAGUGGGGGGUCGUCGCCAGCACACCUCGACCAGGAGAACACGUACCUGAUGUUCGAGCCCGACAGCGGCGGCUCCUCGCCCUCCCACAACGAUCAAGAAAACACGGUGCUCCGGCGGAAGAAGAAGCGCCGUUGCCUGAUGGCGCAGAUGCAGCAGCGUCAGGCGGCCAACAUGCGGGAGAGGAAACGCAUGCAGAGUAUCAACGACGCCUUCGAGGGGCUACGAGCGCACAUCCCGACUUUGCCCUACGAGAAGAGAUUGUCGAAGGUGGACACCCUCCGCCUGGCCAUUGGCUACAUCAGCUUCCUGGCCGAGCUGGUGGCGAGCGACCGAGCUCCGGACCCGCACCUGCAUCCUCCGAACCACAAUGAUUCGAACAGGAAAGUCAUCGUCAGAAGUUCCAGAAUGAGCGUGGACAGUGUGCCUCACUCCCUCACCUGGUCUCACGUGAGGCCCCAUGUUGUCAACGGCAAGGUCACUGCCAAGACGUGGAUGCCUGAACAGCAGAAGCAGCAGUGAGAAAUUGGUCGAAACAGCAGAAUCAGCAGAAAGAGGAUGUCCAAACAGCAGAAGCAGCAGUGGAAGGAUGGUCGAACAGCAGUAAGAGGAUGGCCGAACAGCGGAAAGAGGAUGGCCGAACAGCAGUGAGAGAUGGCCGAACAGCGGAGAGAGGAUGGCCGAACAGCAGUGAGAGAUGGCCGUACAGCAGGGAGAGAUGGCCGAACAGCAGUGAGAGAUGGCCGUACAGCGGAGAGAGGAUGGCUGAACAGCAGUGAGAGAUGGCCGUACAGCAGUGAAAAGAACAGUGAUAAAAUAACCGCUAUAAAGAGGAACAGAGCAGAAACAACAUUGAAAUAAAGAUAAAAAUACAGAAAGGUGGAGAAAAAAAAAUAAAACAAUGUAGAAAGAGAAAGAGCAAUGAACAUGAAAUAAGGGAGGGAGACAAUUUAACAGCAGUAGAAAAUCAGACGAAGAAAUAUAAAAUUGAUAAUAAAUUUUAAAGAAAUGAAACCAAAUCGACUUAACAAUUGCAAAGAUGAAAAAAAACGUUGUAGUGAAGGAAUGAAUGAAUAAGGAAACGAAGAGAGAAGAAUGGAAAAUAGAGAAGAAUAGAGCAUAGAGAAGGAUAGAAAAUAGAGAAACAAAGAAAAUAUAGAAGCAUAGAAAAUAGAGAAGAAUAGAAAAUAGAAAAGGAUAGAAAAUAGAGGAUAGAAAAUGGAGAAGCAUAGAAAAUAGAGAAGAAUAGAAAUAGAGAGGAAUAGAAAUAGAGAUUGAUAGAAAAUAGACUGGGACGGAAGGAAAAAGAGGCGAAAACUGAAGGAAGAGCCAAGUGUAACAACAAAGAAUUUAAAAAACGAAAAAUAAGAAAAAUAAAGGAGACGAACGGGAAUCAGCGAAGGAGGAAGAAGGAGAAUAGAGGGAACGGCAAAGAAGUCAUGCGAAAAAGGAACAAAUUCGUUUUUAAGAAAAGUCAUUAUGAAAAAUAAAUUGAUGACGUAACAAAUUGAUAAAAUGAUGACGAAGAAUGAUCACUGAUAAUGAUAAUAACAAUAACAGUGACGGUAAUGAUAAUGAUGAUUACAAUCUUGAUAACAAUAUCAUUGAAGUUAAUAAUGAUAAAGAAAGACAAGUGAUUGCGUGAAAGUAAAAUAGAAAGCGAUCCUCUUCUUGAAUUGAUGCUCAUUAAGAGAAAGGAGUGAAUUCAAAUGUAUAUCAUAUAU